AUGGGUCGACCAAGGAAACGACCACUUGUUGAGGUUGAAGAAGGCGCUAAAGUCGACGAGCCAGUCAUUGUUCCAGCCAAUGACAGUGCUAUGGACAUAGACACGUCCUUCCUCGACCCUGACGUUUCACAGUUCAGUUUUCUCGACAUGCUGGGCCCGGAAUUUAUGUCGAAUCCCCAGCCGGGUCCUCAGUCCCAGAAGAUUGACUCGAAGGGAGUCCGUGCCAAUAAGGGCAUAUGGCACUUUGAUAUUGGUGAUAUCGAUUUUAAUCCUAACCCUCUCGCAGCCCCUGAGCCUCCCCUACUAAACCAGGACGAAGUCUUGCCGAUGCCAGAGAUAGACUUGGGCUUCUGGGAGAAAACGCCUAGCUUGUCGUCUCAAGGGGGAACACCACCGGACUCCAAUUCUGCGACCUCCGGUGUCCCUCCUACUGGUAAUUGUGGCUGCCUCGCAAGCCUUUACCUUGCUCUGGACUCCCUUCAGCGUCUUCCGAACAAAGUCGCGCCUGCGAUGGGCGUGGCUCGAAAUGCGGCAAAAGCGGCCCACGAUGCGAUCCAGUGCCCUGUUUGCUCGCCGCCUUUUGUGAACCACGCCGAACUCGUCCCGCUUUCUUCGUUCCAGAACAUGAUGCUGCUUGGAGCUCUUCUGCCUUCGACCGCCAACGCCUACAGACAGAUCCUUGUGAUGAUCGACGAGGAGACUGCUAGGGCUACAGCCGAAGGUCGGGAGCUAACAUUCAUGAUGAACGAAUAUGGAGGCGUUUGGGGGAGUCUAUCAGAUAAGGUGUGCGGUGCGGAGGAACGUCUCAACAACGCCCCAAUGGAGCCGAACAUGUGGCGACUUGCGGUCCGAGCAUUCCUCAAGACCGACGUCUAUGGGAUCAAGCCGAUGGCCGAAGGGGGCCCGAGCUGCAUGCCCACCUGUCACCAGCUUGGCCUGAAGGAUGUCGUGGUCAUGAUGGAGGAAAGAUCGAGGCGGCGACAUGAACAGAUGGACGAGCUUGUUGCCAAGGGGUUCAUCAGGCCUCAACCAGGCUGCGUUCAUCCGUUUCCUACGCCUGGCGAAAAACCAACCUGCAUGCGUAUCAUCGACAUUGCGAAGCAAGCCAUCGACCAACUCAACAUUGCUUAG